UUAUUCAUGGUAUCACGUGAUUCGAAAAAGGGGCUUAGCGGCCAGAAGUGCUAGGUUAGCCGGGAGAAUGAUAGCAAUGGCGACCUCUAUAGGAAAGGCUCGUUUUGUUUGGAUAGCGAUCACAGGAGUGACCGACUUUAGUUGCAGCCAUUUCUGACUUUUGCAAUCCCCGAUGAGAUACAGAGUAGGGUCUUGUGUAGCGCACUAAUAGAACUCAGGCAAUGUUCAUCUUUCAGUGAAUCAGUCGACGUGAGUAGCCUAGCAAACCGAGAGAUGCUUCUCUCCCGGUAGGAUGGAUCUAUAAGAGCAUACUUGGACUUCCCGCUCAAUGAAGAAAUUUACCUUCAACAUCCCAUCCUCGACCCGUACAUACUACCUCAACUUGGAACGUCUCGCAUUGUUCCUUGGAAAACGACAAGACGUCCGCUAAAUCUCCCACUAUCCACCCUUCACCAACUCAACAUGGAACCCAUGCCGUUCGACCCAACCACCCACCCCAUGCCCAUCGGCAAUGAUGGAGCCCUAACCCUGCGCCCACGCGUCGGCUACAGGGACAACCAAGAAUCGCCCCGAAACCAAGUCCAAUCGAUCCCCAGCGAGGAGAACUGCUGCGUCUGGAUCAUGGGUCUUCCCGCGAACUGCACCUACACCGAGUUCCUCGGGAAACUCCACGGCACGGGCAAGAUCUGGGCAACCUACAUCAACCCACCGACCGACUUCCACAGCACCGCAGCAGCCAAAGUCGAAUUCUGGAACCGCCGCGGUAUGCGCCGGCUCUUCCAAAAAGUACACGCGCGCCAAUUUACAUUCGGCGAGUACCGACCGCACGUAAUCAUGAACCGCGUGCGUAAGUCUGGCCACGUGCGCUCAGCCGGGUCUCGAGCAAUUACGAUCCGAGGACCGUCCUCGCUUGUAAAUUUCGAGUCUUUAACCGCGUUUUUUGGCGCGCGAUUGCGAUAUGAACUUGAGUUCGCGAAUACAGUCCACGACGACGGCGAGCAGGCUACUAUGCUCUGGGCUUUUGGUUCGUACCGCUGCCAGGCGAAGUGGGCGUACCAGAACCUCGAUUCCUUGAAGCAGGAUAAUCCGAUCUUGGAGGAAAAUGAACUUUGGGGCCAGGUUACGGUUAGCUGGGCGGUUGACCCAUGCUCGACCUAGAACGAGUGCUUGGGCAACUACAAUAACCACUUGAAUAGGAGAACAUUAUCAUAUUUGAUAUUCGUAUAAUGUAUAACGCAAAUAAAUUGUUAAUUUCCUGUUGCGAUCAUCCUGUAAGAACCUUAGUAGCUUCGGUUGAGGGUGCCGAAAAAAAAUACUAAGAAUUUAGAAUAUGGAACAAAUCGUGACAAUUGUCGUCCCUCAUUAAAUUGGAAGUCAUAAAG